AUUUGUCCUUGAUUUUCUUUUUCAAUAUUUUUAAAAUAUCUGCGUUGCAUUUUUCCCUAUAUAACAGGCUGAUACUCAGACAAAAAAAAACAUCUAAAAAUGGCUACAAAACCAGGGUUGCUUACUGAUUGGCCAUGGAAGCCUCUCGGAAGCUUCAAGUAUAUCAUCUUAGCUCCAUGGGCAAUGCACAGCUUCUACUCUCUUGCAACAAAAGGGAAAAAUGAGUUGGAUUUCACCAAUCUCCUCAUUCUGCCAUUUCUACUAUCAAGAGCUCUCCACAACCAGAUUUGGAUAUCCAUCUCUCGACACAGAACUGCUCAAGGCAAAAACAGGAUCGUCGACAGAGGCAUUGAAUUCGAACAAGUUGACAGAGAAUCCAACUGGGACGAUCAGAUUCUGCUAACCGGAAUCCUCUCCUACGUUAUCAGCUCCACGGUGUCCGCCACCUCUACCCUGCCGGCGUGGAGGACUGACGGGGCCGUUAUAACGGCGCUGCUCCACGCCGGCCCCGUCGAGUACCUCUACUACUGGCUGCACAGAGCUCUGCACCACCAUUACCUCUACUCCAGAUACCACUCUCACCACCAUUCCUCCAUCGUCACCGAGCCCAUUUCGUCUGUGAUUCAUCCAUUUGCAGAGCACAUAGCCUAUUUCCUGCUGUUUGCGAUUCCACUUCUCGGAACGCUGUUUAACGGCACGGCGUCGUUGGCAUCUCUGUUUGGAUACAUAACCUACAUUGAUCUCAUGAACAAUAUGGGGCACUGCAACUUCGAGUUCAUCCCUAAAUGGCCCUUUUCCAUCUUCCCUCCUCUCAAAUACUUCAUGUAUACGCCCUCGUUCCACUCGCUGCACCACACUCAGUUCCGGAGCAACUACUCGCUGUUCAUGCCGCUGUACGACUACAUCCACGGCACCACCGACAAGUCCACGGACGCGUUGUACGAGAGCUCGCUGGAGAGGCGGCCGGAGUCCCCCGACGUGGUGCACCUGACUCACCUCACCACGCCAGAGUCCGUCUUCCACCUCCCGGUGGGAUUCGCCUCCUUCGCUUCGAGGCCUCAGGAGUCCAAAUGGAGCACGUGUUUCAUGUGGCCUCUGUCGUGGCUGUCUGUUAUGCUCAGCGUCAUCUAUGACGGCACCUUUCUUGUAGAGAGAAAUCUGUUGGGGAAACUCAAGCUACAGACGUGGACAGUCCCACGUUACAGCAUUCAGUAUGCCCUAAAAUGGCAAGGGCAAGGUAUCAAUACCUUAAUCGAGGAAGCCAUAAUCGAAGCUGAUGUGCGAGGUUCCAAGGUUAUAAGCCUAGGAUUGCUCAAUCAGAGUGAGGAACUGAACAGAAGUGGAGGAAUAUUUAUUGAAAGAUACCCGAAAUUGAAAACAAAAGUUGUUGAUGGAAGCAGUUUAGCAGUAGCUAUUGUCCUAAACAGCAUUCCUAAAGGAACAACAGAAAUCCUCUUCAGAGGCGCUCUCUCCAAACUUGCUUUUGCUAUUGUAUCUGCUUUGUCCCACCACGGCAUUCAGGUUGCAACAUUUUAUGAAACUGAGAUGCUUAAACUAUCUGCAACUACUGAGGAGGGUGAAGUCGUUGUGUCCAAAAGUUACACUCAGAAUGUAUGGAUAGUUGGAGAUGGAUUAUCGAAAGAUGAACAGCUCAAGGCACCAAAGGGGACUCUCUUCAUUCCGUUCUCUCAUUUCCCGCCAAAGAAGGCGCGCGACGACGCCUUGUAUUGCCACACGCCUUCCAUGAUCGCCCCUCCUUCCCUUCGAAACCUGCAUUCCUGCGAGAAUUGGCUGCCGAGAAGAGCGAUGAGCGCUGCGCGCGUUGCCGGAAUACUGCACGCCCUCGAAGGAUGGGAUGUGCACGAGUGCGGCGCCUCCGUUUUCGACGUCGACAAGAUUUGGGAGGCUGCCAUCAGACAUGGCUUUCGCCCUACAACCAUUUCCAAAUAGUUCCACCACUUACAUAUCAAGCUAUAUAUUGUUCUUGUGCAAUUUCUGUUUCUCACUACAUAUAUCGUGUUUGGACUUGACUCUCAAUUUUAAGUUUCACUCACUACUUAGCGCAAUUAUAGAAGAUGCCAUUGGUAAUUUGGUAACAUAAUGUAUAAAUCCAUUAAUGUUUGUAUCGGGAGUGUAAACUUCAUCAACAAAUUAAUGUGUUCCUUUCAUUUCUUUUUGGAAUCCU